AAGAGAGCGCUAAAGCAGACAGGGAGGAGAGGAGAAUAGAGGACAGUCGGCUGCAUUGCUCCUCACACACAGACGGAGGUGGAGAGAGGAGAGGAUGAGAGACUGAGGGAAGGAGAGGAAAACAAAAGGAAACCGCUGUGCCGUUCAUCUGCUGCUAAACAAGGGAGAAAGGAGAGCCAACGUGACUGUGAUUUGAAAGACGAGAAGAAAUGGAUAAAAGAAAGAGCAUGUUUUUUUUCUUUUAGGGAGGGGACUGAGCGAGCGAGUGAGGGAAGAGGUGGAUUGUCUGGCACCAUAUAAAUAUUAACAUGAUUAUGAUUUGAUCGUGCAGGAUCAUUUUUUAAUUUUAAAAUCUGACUACAGAUGGACUCUCAACCCAUCUCUUUUGUAAUUCAAGGAAAUAUUUCUCAUACGUUCUGCAACAACAGAUGAACUCGAACUGAACAGUGAGGGGGAAAAGAAAAAAACUCUUUGAAAGAUUUCACUUUUUGAUGCCAAUUUAUGAACUCUUCAAGAUAUUUUUAGGAGACAGUAAUGUCUUAUUGACAAAUAAUUCUUUGUGUUUCUUAAUUGUAAUGCAGACAAAAAUCAGGUUCUUUUUAUGCAAAACCUAUAGAUGUCUUUAUUUGUAGUGUAAUGCAGGUGCUUUCGUAGAUAUCCCGAUCAGGGAUCAGGUCUUUGCGAGUCCUGCUGUCUUUAUCUGGAAGUGUGCAUGCACACUUGAGCAAUAUUUGAUUUCCUCAUUGGAGCCGUGCCACGAAUGCGCACUGUGUGUGUGUAUGUCUGGUUCUCUUUGCGUUGGGAUGUCAACACUGAUUACCUUUGCAGUAUUGGUGGCAGCGGCUAAACUUUCCUGUCCUGUGCCAGUGUUUGGUGCAGGCCAUUGAUUCUCAGUGGCUCAGGCUGCCCUUUGUUGCAGUGAUUCAGAACAGAGCUCUCCAGGAGUUUCCGAGCCAUCUGAUUGGACGGGGAAAGAGACGGCAGGAUUUAUGUUGGCGAAACUUGUCUGCUUUUGUUUGGGUUCUGCCGCGACUCUGUCUCGCACGAUUUCUCCACACUCUGUUACCAUGGCAACAGUUCAGUUGCCAUGUAAAUGCUUGGUUUCGUAACUUCAGUGCUAGUGGAUUGCAGCAUCCCAAGUUACAGUUUCAACUGGACUUAAAGUUUAAUCUCAUAUAGCACAUAUUAGGAGAGAGUUGUGCCUUAAGACCUUACCAGGUUUCAAGGUGCUCACUCUGAAUCUUUCGUUCAUUCAGUCUUUUUCUAUAUCAGAAAUAUACUUCGUAAAAUCAUAUAAGACAUUGGCUGCAAUUAAUUAAAGCUUCAGUGCAUCAGUGGUCCUAUUUAUCGUAUUAUCUUUUGACUGAUGCAUGCAUGCCAUCCUAUGUUACUGUAGAUAAAAAUUGAUUUAUGGUUCCACAUCAUUCACAUCUUUGUUACUGCACUGUAUUAUUGUCUUGUUGAAAGUGAUGUAGUUAAACUCAGGUUUUGCUGUGUCAAUCACACUGUGCUGGAACUCAGCUGCACUAAUUCGACACUCAUCUUACCAUUUAAAACUUUUAGAUUAACCAAUGUCACUUUUGCAUUAAUCAGAAACACACGGAUGCACUGUUGUCCAGGCAUUAAGCAAGUUUACAUGGACUGUCUUAUACCAAUUAUGCUUAAUAAUGCAUAAAAUGAUGUAAACGCCUUAAACCGUGUUCUUUAAUCAGGUAAGGUCAUAAAGGUUUAAGCAAAAGCUCAUCGGACAACUACGUUGAUUUUUGCCCACCACCUCGAUUUUACAUUGCAUGUGACCACCUUUACCGCAUUAUUACGGUACCUGCUUAUCCAAUGUGUGCAAGUGUUGUGCGCUUGCCUGUUUAUGUUUUGACUUGAUUUCAAAUCUCACGUAAACACGAUUUUCUUGCUUUGUUUGAUUUGUAAAUGCACUAAAAGCACUCAGUGUUAAAAAAAGACAUAAUCUCUAUCUGUGGCUAUCGGUUACUGUUUACUUGCUUUUUAUUUAACUUAUUUAAAAAACAGGGACCCUGACCUCUCUUUAGUUAUACUGCAGCCAAUGUUGAUUUGGCAACAACUCAUUUACUCAAAUCAUGUUUACUCAAUUCUAAAGCAAAUCAUCAUAUCCAAACAGGGAUUCUGCCAUAAUAUAACGGACAGGUGCUACACUCAAACUAGGUUUCCAUUGGUCUGUUUUACUGCUUUUAAAACAUUGUUCUCUAUACUGUUACUGAUAUUAUUUAAACGUUUUAUAGUGUGCUUGUUUGGAUGUCUACUUUUUACUUCUGUACUAGUUCUCUAAACACUGUGCUACUUCUGUGCCAUGUUGACGUCAGCAACAAGGUCAUGGCACGAUAAACAACUUUAUAAUACAGCCUUGGACACUUUUGUUCGAGCACCCAAUCAAAUGCUGUUUGGACUAUACUGACUACAGCGAUCUCUGCAGUACUAAGAUACAUAAUCUGUGCCAUGUCGUUGUAAUCACUUGUACAGUUUAUGAACUUGCAACGAGGGCCUGCAACUUACUGCACUUUGAUUGUCUGCAGGGCCUCUGUGAAGACUACUUAUAGCAGGCAAGUUAACCUACCUUCAUUCUUUAUCAACUUUAAGGGUCCUAGCUCACCUAGCCCGAUAGAACUGCAAUGAGAUAAGGUGUAGCUUUAUAAAUGCAGUUCAGUGCUCUUAAAUCGCAGGGCCCCGGGGUGCUGUUUUACUCCAGCUGAGAUGAUAGACAAACCCUGUCUUUGACUGCCAGUCACAUCUGAUGGGCUUUGCUGGGAUGACUUGGAGAUCUUGCAUAUGUACAUUUGAAGGCGAGAUACAUUGUCUUUAUGCAAGCCCAAGGCUUCUUUGAGGUCAAAAACUGGUGCUAUAGAGAAAAAACAAUCAAUUUACUUAAGAACAACUGAAAAAAAAUAACAACAGAAGCUUGAAGUAUUUCUGUGGUUGCUGAGGUAGAAUAUAUGCAGUAAAACACAUUGUAAAUAGAACCAGACAAUGUGGGACUUGGUCCAAGGCUGGUUAAAGUGUUCCAAACAGUGGAGACUUAUAUUCUCUGAAGAGCUCUAGAAAUGAUUAUCAUUUGAGAGGUUCAAAGUAACCUUGCAUAUAUUGGUCUGAAAGCUCAGAACUGUUAGAAGUUACAAGACUGUUGCCUCUCUACAGAUUGUAAAGUGCUUUACACUGGGGAUGCGCAUUGGUACAGUUCAGUUCAGUAUGACUUUGCUAAGUGACGUUUAGAGGGUAGGUUUUUACUCAGGUAACAGAUCUAUAAAGUGCUGCUCCAUCCCAGACUGUUUGCCUGAUUUUGAGGUGUCAUUUAGGGUAAUGAGCGAGUGAUUGAUUUUCCAUUCAGCCUCUAAUGAGCGCUUGCAUUCAUGGAUCUCUGGAGGCGCUACUUCAGAUUUGGCCAGUUGGGUCUCAUUAUCGUCAUCCUGACUGUGCUGAAACGUGUUGCUUUUGGAACAUCAUAGUUCCCGCUGUGGCUGGAUCAUCACACCUCAACUUCUCAGAUCACACCAAACUCAAACUAUCAGUGGUUUUCUAAAUGGUGCUCAAACACAUAUUAUCUUCUAUACAGCCAUAUUUAACCAAUCUCGUCUAUACAAUUUUGAAUUAACUGUUUCAGGGCUUUCUGAGUCUAGUUUGUCUUUUUCUAAAUCAUAUUUCUACAAGCUGUUCUUUAUCAGGUUAUUUACCUAUUUAUAUAAUCUGAAAUUUUUUCAUUUCUGAGUUUUAACAGUAAGUGCGUUUACAUGCACGAUCUUACACCAAUUAUGCUUAAUAAGCUGACAAUGUGUAAGGUCUUGUAAACACCUUAAACAGUUUUCCUUGGUGUUAGGUCAUUUAAGCAAAAAACAAUUGGCACACAUACAUUUUUAGCCAUUACCCCGAUUUUGCUGUGCAUGUAAACACCGAGUUUUUUUCAGACUUAUCAAAUGUGUGCAAAAUGUUGUCCUGUUUACAUUUUGACGAUAUAAGCAGAGAAUAACCAGAUUAUUUCAAGUUUCGUAUUAACGCAACUUUCUUGCGUUCAGAUUUUUUUAGUAAACUGAUUUUUAGUAAUUAUCUGCAUAUUGGUGUACAUGUAAACAGACACACUGGCAAUUCAGUUCAGUGAAUUAUUGUGUAACUGACUUGAAGAUUACGAAGAGGCUCAGGUGUUUAUUCUUAAAGAAAGAUAGAAGUAACAGGACAGCCUGGAGAACGGGAAAGAAGACGUGGGAGGGGGAGAGGGGGCGCGAGAGAUUAUCUGGAAGAAGAGAGCGAGUGUGUUGGAGAGGGAGAGAGAGCAGGAGCGGCAGAGGUUGGAGGAGGAGAGGAGGAACGCUGUCGAAUACACAGUGUGGAGGCUGAGGGAGGGCUUCCAGGAGAGGAGGGAGAGAGAGGAGGAUAGACUGAAAGGGAGUGCAGAGGGUGGGAAAGAAGUGGAGCCAGAGGUGAUCUGGAAGAGAAGAGAGGAAGAGGAGGAGAAAGACAGGAAUAGGGGUCGGCUUGGUGACAAAGGUCCCAAAAUCAUCUGGAGGAGGAGGGAAAGAGAGUGACUGGAAAAGAUGAGGAUGUGUCAGCACUAAACACUCUCAAAUAUGUCACAGGAAGUGAGGUGGAAGAUUCAGACUUACAGUAAGAUCAGUCUGUAUAAACUACCAUAAACAUUCUACCUGUAGUCAGACAUCUCAUAGUCUAGCUGCGAGAAAAAAGAAACAUGGUGUACAUCAGGGGUCUCCAACCAUUUUAGGCCAAAGACCUCUUGGUGGAGAGAGAGAGACAGCAGGGACCUCCAUGUUACAUAUUGUGUAUACGACUAAGUGUUGCAUUUUAAACCUGACCUAUAUUACCAUAUUAAUGUAUUGACAUACUUUGUUACAAUGCUUACAUUGCAAAGUUAAAAUAAUCAUUGUUGAUGUAUAGAGUCAUAUGGAAGGGACAAUGAAACAUUAAUGAUUGAAGUUUACUUAAUAUUGUAUUUUUGUGUAACAAAUUUACACAGUUAGUUUGAGAUUAAACAACCUGCUGCAGUACCGCUGUGAAUCUGCAUCCACCGGAUCAGUACUUUAACUUUUUCCAUCCAUCUCUUCCCACUCUCUUCCUCGCUCUGUAUCGAUCUGUCUGUCUGUCUGACGGAAGCCUCCUCUCUCUGAGCCUCAGCUGCAGCUAAUAGGCUUUUUAUGGGACUCUGUCAGACAAGAGCUACCAGAGUGGAGCCCAGCAAAUGCAAAGAUAAACGAACACACAUACACACUCUCGUAUGUGUUCAAAAAACCAUACCACAUCUUUCUCAAACCUACCAAGACAGACUGAAUCUGGAGCACUGAUUACAGAUAUACCAAUAAUUUAAUGACAAUCAUACAAUGAAUUACGCUUGAUAAUUUGAUCCUAAGAAGCUCUAUGCAGACCUAAGAUUUGAUGCAAACACUUCUACACACUCUGUAUGACAACAGCAGCUCGGACUUCUCUGUGAUCUAGGCUGAAGCUCCUCAGACGAACACUUCUUUACUGCAUUGGUCUGUUCAUCCUUUUUGUGACACUUAAGAACUGAGCUGUCAGCACUCUUUCAUUUCGUGGGUGUGAUGAUGAAGGUAUCAGUGGAUGGAGAGAAAAAGAGGACUAUAAAACAUAAGGGGAGACAAGCUAUUGAUUAUGAUAGAGAGACGUGGAGAGCUAUAAAGAUUAAAUAAGGAGGUUUAGUGGACAAUGAGACUGUGAUCAGACAUGGAACUUGUCCCAAAAACCAAAUACACACCCUUCAGGAGCGACUCCUUUAGCUCGACAGACGAGACGGCGUCCAGUCCCUCCCUCCCAUCUUCCGCUCCUCUCACCCCUCUCACCCCUCCUGGCAUCCCUCCUUCUCUCUCCUCCUCCUCUCUCACCCCAAUCCUCCCCCCUUCCUCUCCACAGCAGGCUGAGAACAGCCCCACCACCCUCUGCUCCUUCUUCCCCAGAAUGGGGGCCCUGAGGCUGGGCGUGUCUUCCAAUUUGCUCCCAGGCCUAAAGGCCUCCAGCAGGCUGGCAAGAGUGGCAGGCAGUCAAGGUUUGGGGGAGUCUCCAGAAGACAGCGGCACCUCUGCUGCCAGCUCUUCUCCUCCUCUCAUUUCUCUAACAACCCCAUUUCCUCCUCCUCGUCCCCCACAGGAUAUGAACCGGCUGGGCGGGGCCUCGCGGAGGGCCCGUGUGGAGGGGGGCCAGCUCGGCGGAGACGAGUGGACACGGCAUGGCUCCUUUGUCAACAAGCCCACACGAGGCUGGCUGCACUCGGACAAUGUGGUCAGCACCACUGGUGUCUCUUACACUGUCAGGUAUAUGGGCUGCGUGGAAGUGCUGCAGUCAAUGAGGGCACUGGACUUUAACACCAGAACUCAGGUUACCAGGGAGGCUAUAUCAGUGGUAUGUGAGGCGGUGCCAGGUGCCAAAGGAGCUCAACGCAGGAGAAAGCCCUCCUCUCGUUGUCUCUCAUCCAUCUUAGGGAAGAGUAAUCUCCAGUUUGCUGGAAUGACAAUCAGCCUCACUGUGUCGACCAGCAGCCUGAACCUACUGGCAGUUGACUGCAAACAGAUUAUCGCCAACCAUCACAUGCAGUCCAUCUCUUUUGCAUCAGGAGGAGAUCCAGACACAGCAGAGUAUGUAGCCUAUGUCGCCAAAGACCCUGUCAAUCAAAGAGCAUGUCAUAUCCUGGAGUGCUCAGAGGGCUUGGCUCAGGAGGUCAUCAGCACCAUCGGUCAGGCAUUUGAGCUCCGCUUCAAACAGUACCUGAAGAACCCCCCUAAACUGGUUGCCCCUCACGAUCGGAUGGCUCCAUUUGAUGGGUCAGCCUGGGAGGAAGAGGAAGAGGAUCUGGCUCCACCUCCAGAGGUUCCUUAUUACAAUAACUUUCCCGGCAAACAUCCUCCUCCUGGAGGCUUGGUUGACAUGAGGGCCCGUCCUGGACACAGUACAGGAGCCACAUUGCCCUAUGGACAGCCCAGCCAGAACGACAUUCACAAGCACCCUCUACCUCCUCUACCAGUGGGUGUAAAGGAGGGCGGCUUGUUUGAUGACCCCUCAUAUGUCAAUGUGGAUAAACCCCACCUCCCAGCGGCAUCAGCAGCCAAUGGAAACACUCACAGAGAUGCAUUUGACAUGAAGCCAUUUGAUGAUGCUUUAGGCGUGUCAGGUGCAGUGGUGCCCCCUCUGGCAGAACAGCUGCAGAACGAGCCCUGGUUCCACGGGCCUCUCAGCCGCAGACAGGCCGAAAGGCUUCUGACCAAGGAUGGAGAUUUCCUUGUGCGGGAGUCAGGCACCACACCAGGCCAGUACGUCCUCACAGGACAGCAAGGCGGUCAAGCCAAACACCUGCUUCUGGUGGAUCCAGAGGGAGUGGUGCGCACCAAAGACCACCGGUUUGAGAGUGUUAGUCACUUGAUUAGCUAUCAUAUGGACAACAGGCUGCCAAUCAUCUCAGCAGGAAGUGAGGUGUGUCUGCAGCAGCCAGUCGAGCGCCACGUUUGAGAGAAACAUCUGGAUUUUUCUCCAUCAAAAAAAAAAACUCCUCCCUUUCCCACUUUUUUGCCAGACUCUAUUAGAAAAUAACUUUUUAAACUGGGAGUGUAAGUUAAUCAUGUCUUCACAGAAAAACAGAAACACACAAUUUUGUAUUGCUUCAACCACCGAUCAUGACAUUUCAAAGCGAUGCAAUCAUUACACUCAAAGACUAAAAGACAUGCAAAUCAUUUGAAAAGGGGAUUAUAAAAAGCCAAACUCAAAUGGGAGAGAGAAAGCAUCUUAAAGAGAAAAACAAACAGAUGUGUAAUGGAUGUGACAUCACUUCCUCAACACAAUAUCAUGUCUUGAAUUAAGAAUGGGGUGCACCUGUAACCAUGGCAACAGGCUUGGCAUUCUUGGAGUCUAGGGUUGAUCUGAAUGAACUAAAAUCGAAGCACCUUUGUAGCACUCUAAAGAUUGGGAGUUCACAUCCAGUGCAAUGGAUGAAAUCCAAAGACUCGAGACUGUUUCAAACAGAUUAAUAGUUUUCAAAGAGCUGUUUUGUUUUCAAGCGUACAGUAUGCUGCAGUCUGUUUACGAAUCCCCUGCACUAUCCUGUCACAAGCUGUGGUCUCGAGACUGUUUGAUGAAUAUGCAAAACUUUCAAGGGAAUUCAGAGCUCAUUCUCCAGUCACAGACUUCACACUUCAGUGUCCCCAUUGAAUUAAUCACAUUCAUUGUAAUUCCCACUGGAAUAUCACUUUGGCAGUGUCCCCACCUGGAGAUAUCACUCCAAAUUGCUUCUUAUUCUCGCCCUGAAAAUGCCCUUUACAGUAUUCCUACAUGGUCCCAAGAAUGACUGGGAAUUUUGGCCAUUUGGGAACACCCCUGAACAUAUGUGAAAGCUUUAGCAGCCUGCACAGGUGUGUGGAAUUUUCAUUAUGCAAAUAAGUAGACGCUGUGAGGGACUUAUCCUACCCUUUAUGAGGUAAAAUUGCAGGCAUUCUGAAAUAGUCUAUGGGAAAGGGGACAGUCUGUCCCCAUAACAUCCUCAGUCAGCCUGGGAGGAAAUAGAUGAAAGAGAACAGAAUAAAAAUAUUAAGUGCAAUCAGUGGACAUGGACAUACUGUAAGCCAAUAAUCUGAAUAAGAAUGGACUGAACUGAAAAGAUGGAGGGAGACUUAUUCUACACGUCUAUACAAGUGUGAUGACUCGACACAAAGCAGAUCUGUUUUAAAGCCUUCUUAUGAUGUCAUUUUAAACAAGAAUUUAUAUAUUUGUUGCAUUGAUGUCAUCUCCUUGAACAGCUGACAUCAUUAGUUUGAUGGUUUUAUUUUUAAUGCAUUAGGAAUUGGAGCAGAAGCUGUAUUUUCUUUAUCUUUUUCUUGUGGACAUUACUUCUCUGUUCGCAUUGACAAUCUAUCUUCAUGUAUAUUAUCGUAUGUGCCAGCUGCUUCUGUAUGUUUGGAGCCUUUAGUUUCAAGACAGUGUGAAAGGACAUAAUGUGUAUUCAGAAGUGUACAUCCUUUUCAGAGAUUCACUAUAAGACCACAUUUGAGUGAUGCGUAUUGCAAGUGAGGCAGGAUUACUUGUAUUUCCUUGCCUGUCAAACUCUGGACACCUCUGUCCAGGAGGACAAAAAGCACUCCAAAUGAAUUCUGAAGACUUAAGUCUUUUUGCAGCCACAAAGCACAGUUUCUGUAUAAACCACAGACAGAAAAAUUAAGGACAGAGUUCUCUCACUUCAUUCUUUUGUUCAUCUUUGUUCUUUUAUGAUUUGUGCCUUUAUCACUUAACACAGACACACCAGUGUAACACAGUCGCCUUUUGUGAAUCUACUGGUAAACAUGGCACUUUCGGUUCUUGUACAACUGGGGGGAAAAAAAUGUGCAAAAAUGACACAGUGAGGUUUAGUACAGCUUUUGGGAAGGCAGUCUUCAUUUUUCCUCAGUAUGAUCUUUCUGCCUUGCUGUUGUACUGUGCUUUUAGUUUAGUGCAAAACUGUGGUUUCAAUAAAACAGCAUAGUAUAAUGUUAUGUUGCUUAAACUUAAGUUUGUUAAUGAGAACUUAUUCUGUUUCUCAAUGGUGACAGAAAACAGAUGCUUAACACCCUGUAAGAACAUGUAAAUAAGCUUUACAUAUGCCUAUAGCUAUGUUCAUGAUUAUAUCUGUGAGCAUAUCACAUCUAAAGCCAGUCAUUCACUGUGUGGAUCUGUGUCGAAUGAAUUCGUUGGGAAUUUGUAAAGGAUUGUAUUGGGCCUACCAUCAUGGAAAAGAACAAAUGUAAAGGUUAAAGAUUUGACAAGACCAUGCUAACAUAUAUCACCAUAUACAUACAUAAGAGUGAUAACCUUAUGUGUUCUACACACAGCUGCCACAAAUCUAUGUAAAUUAUGAGGUUUUCUUAGAUGUAUAAAGACCCUUAGCAGCACAUACCUGGAUGCUUUGUGAAUCUUAUAUUGGUAGCUGGCAACUGUUUUAUUUUGUGAUCUUUUUAGAUGGGUGCAAUUUGUGGAUUAUCAGUCAACUUUCAUUCCACAUUAUAAAUGUAGACCGAUUCCAGAACAGCUGCAACAGUAUGUGACCAGCUCUCACAUUCAUGUGAAGUUUAGCCUGUUGUAAUUCAAAUGUAUGCUUGUAGCAUAUGGAGAAUGGUUUAAUGUUGUUGUUGUUUUUUUUGUUUUUUAAUCAUUUGACUUCACUUUUAUGUGGUGGUGGUCAGACUAUUGGAUCUGGCCAAUUAUUGAUAAUGGAGUUUGUGUAUGUGUGAAGAUGGAUGGAUGUGUGUAGAGCUGGAAUGGUCUAGAAUAAUCUGGCUUUUGCACCUCUCUUGCUCACUGAACUGUUUGCUCAUUUUCACAUUUCACAGCGGCCUUUUGUUGCAUGGAAACACUUCCUGUUGUUGUGGCAAUUGUGACUUUUGUGUUGUGGUUAGUUGUAUGCUAUUUUCUAAGCCAAAGUUUUUUUGUUUUGUUUUUUCCUUCUUGUUUGCCUAUAUAAAUAUUGAGUUUUCUUUUUUUUUUUUUUUUUUUUACAUGUUUUUGUUUGUUUUAAUAAUCCUUUUUGUGUUGUUCUAUGGGGCAAAUAUAAAUGUUUACACCUGUAUCUCAAACAAUAGAUUACAUAUAUAAAUACAUAUAUCAUUCACCUUU